AUGGGCCCCCGUACCAGAUCACAAAAAGCCGCCGCUGAGCUGGAAGCAACCGACCCAUCGCCGGCGGUCAACGGUACCCUCCAGGAGUCGUCGAAAGGCAGCGGAGUGGACGCUGUCGGUGAUGAUGUGCAGGAAAAUGUUUUCCUGUUCGCUCCGAAUCUAAUUGGAUAUGCGCGUGUUGUGUUGACGAUGGCCUCGCUCUACUACAUGCCCCUACACCCGCGGACGUGCUCCAUUCUAUACAGCGUGUCGUGUUUGCUGGAUGCCCUAGACGGAUAUGCGGCGCGGUACUAUAACCAGUCAACCACCUUUGGUGCGGUUCUGGACAUGGUGACGGAUCGGUGCACGACCGCGUGCCUGCUGGUGUUUCUGAGCUCUGCCUGGCCGCGGUGGGCCAUCAUCUUCCAGAGCUUGAUCGCUUUAGACAUGGCCAGUCACUACAUGCACAUGUACGCGACUCUCAGCAUGGGUGGCUCCAGCCAGAGCCACAAGAAGGUGGAGGCUAGCCGGAGCUGGGUUUUGUACCAGUACUACCACAGCAGGACGGUGCUGUUCAUCUGCUGCGCGCUGAAUGAACUAUUCUUCAUCGGACUGUACCUGCUGUCGUUCUCCUCCCCCACCCUGUCCCCGUCCCUUUUGCAGCCGGUGAGCACCGCCAGCCCCUGGAGUGCGGGUGCCCUGGAGAUGGCCCGGGCGAACAAGAUUGACAGCUUCUGGCCCUGGGUGAUUACGGGUAUCUCCGCCCCCAUCAUGGCCCUUAAGCAGUUCAUCAACGUGGUUCAGCUGGUCAAGGCGAGCAAGUGGCUGGUGGAGGGUGACAUGGCCAGCCGGAAGGCCUUGCGCGCUAGCAAGAAGAACUGA